UCCGGUUCACGCGACCAAACAGACAAACCAGCGAUCUAUGAAUGAUCGCUGCAGUUUAGAGGAGCUGUUUGGUUCAGAGGUGAUGCUGAGCUAAAGCAGGAGGAGUCAUGGAGAAGGAGGACAGCUGCUUCUGCACCGUGGAGGACAGGAGGAGCAGGAGCAGAUAUGUCUGCUACACCCGGAGGGACGGAGGAGGACUCCGGAUCCGGGUGACAGAUGCAGCAGCUGUUUGGAGCUCAGACUGCUGUGAGGACAUCCUGAAGCUACUGGGAAACGGGCUGCAGCUGAGCUCCUCAGAGGAUUUCCUCCUGAAGUUCAGGUCCUGCUGCCUCGGUGGGGAUGUAAGUGUUGUGGUCCAGAACAGCACAGCUGAUCUUCUCCUGGGCUCGGGGCCAACUGGUCUGAAGGUGACCCUCAGCAGGAUGGAGGCCCCUGGGGCCACAGAGGAGCUGAAGGAGCUGCUCUUCAUCAUGGCGGACCGGCUCACUCAGCUUGGAGGUCCGUUUGUUCUCUUCCUUCUCUCUUUAAUGGUUUUCUUAUGGAGCUCAGUUUCUGUUUCCAUAGUGGUCCUUGAGGGCACCGUGUUGGUGACCCCUGGUCUAAGGAGACAGUCCCUGUGGAUGUUCUGCAGAUGUUCUGACAGGUUUGGACUUCCUUCAGCUCCUCUCUCUGCUGCAGAUUUCCAGCCUCGCCGGCAGCAGGGCGGCGCAGCAUUCGGGACGAUGAAGAGGAGGCUUCCUGGAGCUUCGCUGAUCAACCCCGGCACCAAGAGGAAGAUCCAGGCGACUGGCGUGGCCUUCGAUGAUGAAGAGGAAGAUUGAUGUUUUAAUCGAUUUUUUGGAACUUUUUAAAAUCUCACUGGAUGAAAUGUUUUUAAUUCUUAUUGAUGAUGGGAUGCGUUUUAAAUUUGGAUAAAUGUAGUCUCCUUCCUUCAGUGUGACCUGUAACUUUUCUUUUUAUUCCUCCUUUACUCCCUGUUUUAUAGCCUUCAUGGUGUCCUUGUUUCCUUCAUUCUUUCCUUCCUUUCUGUCUCCUUACCCCUUGAUGAGUUGUUGGGUGUGUCAGAUUAAACAAUCUGAGAUCAUUUUUAUUCUAGUAAAUAAAGAAUCUCCACCA